AUGCUCGUACCCAGCAAGCGGUGCUGCUUCGCCCCCGAGCCGGAGAUCCCCCGUGAGCACCUCAGCACCAUGUCCGACGGCAACCUCGGACUACUCGCCGCCGCCGCCUGUGGCGCAAAAGGAUCGGGUGGGGACGAUCCGAACGUCAACAUGGUGCAUCUCGAGCUGUACCAACACUUCUCGCAGCCGCCCUCCAGCAAUUACUUCUUCUGUCUCGCGACUCCAGAGAUGGCGGCCGCGAUGAAGGCCAGCGCAUUGGAGCUCUCGGUCCACGUGCCUUACCUUAUGCACCAGCUCCUAGCGAUAUCAGCUCGUGACAAGAGCAGACACGCAGCCGACGAGGACAGGAGGGCGGCCUACCUCCGACUGGCGCUGCAGCUCCAGACGCACGCCAUCACGAUAUUCAACGCCUCAAGUCCCGUGCUCCCGUCGCUCACGAACCCAAGGCAGAGCACGCCAGUCCUGGCCUUCUCGGCGAUGCUGGGCACCCACGGGCUGUGCGACACCCUGACCGCCCUCGACGAGCAGCCGUCAGCAUCGCAGCCCGAGGCGGACGAGUGCCAGCAGCGCAACUCGCUACAAGACUUCCUCGGCAGGUGGCUCGACUACAUCCGGCUCCACCGCAGCGUGAGCAGCCACGCGCUGGCCGCGUCGGACCUCGCCCACCCCUCAUCAGACCCGCAGCCGCUCCUGCAGCACGGCCGCGCGAUGGCGGAGAGGCAGCCGGCCGGCCACGAGACCGACGCCCUGCUCGCGAGGGUCGCCGCCCUCCAGGGCCUGUCGCCCGAGGUCCUCGCCGCGUGCCUGACGGCCGUGGACGGGCUCCAGGUCGCCAUCGACAUGGGCAACGACGCGCCAUCGUCCGCCUCCUCCGCCGAGGGCGGCAGCGCCACCGCGGCAACCGCCAGCCCGGAGCACCUGCCCAUCUGGUGGGCCCUCUCCGUCCCCGACGCCUUCGUCGAGGCCCUCUCCACGGGCCUGCCGGAGCUCGUCGCCGUGCUGGCGUACUACGCCGUCCUCCUGCACCGCGCGCGCUCCUGCUGGGCCGUGGGGCCCGCCGCCGGCACGAGGCUGCUGCAGGUGCUGACGGCGCACCUCGGGCUCAAGUACACGGAGGUCCUGGCGUACCCCCGGAAGGAGCUCGGCCUGGGGCAUCUCGGUGCUGUUUAUGAUGCCAUCCGGGACCAGUAG